UUUUAACGCGACGCCGUAUAAGGGAAGAGAAGCGGAAAAAAAUAGGGCGGAAAACAAAAUUAUAACGAAUUAAUCAAGGCCUUAGCCCGGUUGAAAAGACCCCCACUUGGUGAAGGGUGGUUGAGGAUCUGUAUAUAUAUCGGCUCUCUCUGAAGACAGGGCACAUUCAACCAUCAACAUGUACAAGCUCCUGAUCCUCUCCGCUCUCGUAGCUGUGGCUUUCGCCGCCUCCUACGAUCAACACGAUUCCCACGGAUACGCUUACUCUUCCCAAAACCAUGUCCACGUCGUAAAGGACUCCGUUCCAGUCGAGAUCAAAGUCAAGUCAGCUCCAGUAGUCCACCAUGUCCCAGUCGUCUCCCACGUUCCAGUAGUACAUCAUGUUCCUGUGAAUGAAGGAUUUGUCAUCGCCAUUGAAUGCAGACUCCAGUUGGGACCUGGAUUUUCGACGCAGAGAUCCCUUUCGUUGGAAAUCCUUGACACAGGCUUCCUAAGGAGACCCCCUCCAAGUGAAGGUGCUAGAAGAUUUGUAUAUAUAUCGAAAGGAGUUCACAAGUGGGCACAUUCAACCAUCAACAUGUACAAGCUUGUGAUCCUCUCCGCUCUCGUAGCCGUGGCUUGCGCCGCCUCCUACGGUCAUCACGAGUCCCACGAACACGCAUACUCGACCCAGAACCAAGUUAACUACGUCAAGCAUUCUGUUCCAGUCGAGAUCAAAGUCAAGUCAGCUCCAGUAGUCCACCAUGUUCCAGUCGUCUCCCAUGUUCCAGUAGUACAUCAUGUUCCAGUGAUACAUCACGUACAAGCUCCGGUGUACCAUCAUUAAGAACCCCAGCCCAGCU